UCACCUAAGCGCGCGCGGCAUAGAUAUCAAAUCAAGUUGAAUCAAUGGACAAAAGGAAAGCGUUUAGUAAUAGUAAGCCACCAAUAAAGAGGUUUAAGUCUAACGACGAUGACGACGACAAUGAGCCUCCUUGUAGCUUCGAGGACCAACUGGCAGGUAUGGACAGCCAUGAUUUUGACUCGCCAGAAGUCAUUGGUGACGGACCAGAAAAUCAAUCUACGAAUAUUAAAUGGUCCCGGCCACCUCCACCUGCCAUGGAUCCUAAACAUGAUAAGUUAGUCUUUCAGCAGCUAGACAUAGACCACUACAUAGGACAACCUAUUGCAGGCAUGCCUGGGUCUCAAUUGGGCCCAGUACCCAUCAUGAGAAUGUAUGGCAUAACCAUGGAAGGUAACUCAGUAUGUUGUCAUCUACAUGGAUUUACACCUUACUUUUAUGUAACAGUGCCUUUGAAUUUUACUGAAUCAUCAUGUCAUGAUAUGAAAGUAAAUCUAAAUAAAGCCCUGUUAGAAGAUUUACGCUCAAAUAAAGAUAAUAUUAAGGAAGCAGUUUUGGAAAUACGCUUGAUUAAGGCACGGUCUAUCAUGCACUACAAAGGAGAUAUUGAUAUAACUUUUGCAAGAGUUUCUGUUGCUCUACCUAAGCUCAUUGCUGCUGCUAAAAGAUUAAUAGACCGGACACCCCCUUCCUUUGGCUUGAUGGAUCCGAGUUUUUAUGAAACCAAUAUUGAUUUCGAUAUUCGUUUCAUGGUGGACACUUCUGUAGUAGGCUGCAGUUGGAUUGAACUUCCUGCUGCUAAGUGGGCAAUUAGAACACAAAACACUAAAUUAAAACCUGAAUCUAGAUGUCAAAUUGAAGUAGAUAUUGCAUGGAAUGCCUUCAUUGCUCACCAGCCUGAAGGAGAAUGGUCUAAAGUAGCUCCUUUUAAAAUACUGAGUUUUGAUAUUGAAUGUGCCGGAAGAAAAGGAGUGUUUCCUGAGCCUAAUCAUGAUCCUGUGAUUCAGAUUGCUUCGAUGGUUAUUCGGCAAGGCGAACUAGAACCAUACCUCAGGAAUGUAUUCACACUCAAUACCUGUGCCCCCAUUGUUGGAUCCCAAGUACUCAGUUUUCAAUCAGAGGCUGAAAUGUUGGCUAAAUGGUCUGAUUUUUUUAGAGAACUAGAUCCUGAUAUAAUAACAGGGUACAAUAUCAGCAAUUUUGAUUGGCCUUAUCUCAUAAACCGUGCAAAACAUCUGAAAGUUCAAAACUUUGACUUUUUGGGCAGAAUCAAAAAUGUUAGAUCUGUAAUUAAAGAUUCAAUUCUUCAAUCAAAGCAAAUGGGGCGCAGAGAGAACAAAAGUAUUAAUUUUGAGGGCAGGGUCCCAUUUGAUUUGCUGCUUGUACUUGUGAGGGACUAUAAAUUGCGAUCAUACACUCUAAAUGCUGUAAGUUACCACUUUCUGCAGGAACAGAAAGAAGAUGUUCAUCACAGUAUCAUUAGUGAUUUACAGAAUGAGAAUGAACAAACCAGGAGGAGACUGGCCAUGUACUGUCUUAAAGAUGCAUAUUUGCCUUUAAAACUGCUUAACAAACUAAUGUGCAUAAUAAAUCACAUGGAAAUGGCUAGAGUAACAGGUGUGCCCUUGUUAUGUUUACUCACAAGGGGGCAACAGAUUAAAGUGGUGAGUCAGCUUCUAAGAAAGGCUAAAGAUGCUGGAUAUCUCAUGCCUGCUUAUCACGGACAAGGAUCAGAUGAUCAAUUUGAAGGAGCAACUGUCAUUGAACCAAAAAAAGGGUAUUAUGCUGAUCCUAUUUCAACUCUGGAUUUUGCUUCUCUAUACCCCAGUAUAAUGAUGGCUCACAACUUGUGUUACACCACCUUGGUGCCCCCAAAUGCACUAAAAGACUUAAACUUAAGUGCUGAUGAUAUUACAACAACACCAUCUAAGAAUAUAUUUGUCAAGGCAAAUGUCAGAAAGGGUCUAUUGCCAGAAAUUUUGGAAUCCUUGCUAGCUGCUAGGAAAAAAGCAAAAGCAGAUUUAAAAAAUGAAAAAGAUCCUUUCAAACGAUCUGUACUGGAUGGAAGACAGUUGGCACUAAAGAUAAGUGCCAACUCUGUGUAUGGAUUCACAGGGGCACAGGUUGGUAAGUUGCCAUGCUUAGAGAUAUCAGGCAGUGUAACUGCUUAUGGACGGACAAUGAUAGAAUUCACUAAAUCAGAAGUUGAGAAGAAAUAUACUAAAGCAAAUGGCUACAAGGAAGAUGCCGUAGUUAUCUAUGGAGACACUGAUUCAGUCAUGGUCAAGUUUGGUGUGAAAACUCUGGAAGAGAGCAUGCAAUUGGGCAGUGAAGCUGCUGAGUUUGUCACAGCACAAUUUGUAAAGCCAAUCAAACUUGAAUUUGAAAAAGUUUACUAUCCAUACCUGCUUAUAAACAAGAAAAGGUAUGCUGGUCUUUAUUUUACAAGAACAGAUAAAUACGAUAAAAUGGACUGCAAGGGUAUUGAAACUGUGAGAAGAGACAAUUGCCCACUUGUCUCAAACAUGAUGAGCACAUGCCUUCAGAAAUUACUGAUAGAUAGAGAUCCUGAUGGAGCAGUAAACUAUGCCAAACAAAUUAUAGCAGAUUUGCUCUGUAACCGCAUAGAUAUUUCACAACUUGUAAUUACAAAAGAACUGACAAAGAAUGAUUAUGCUGCUAAGCAGGCUCAUGUUGAAUUGGCAAACAAAAUGAAAAAACGUGAUCCCGGAACCGCGCCAAAACUUGGAGACAGAGUUCCUUAUGUGCUUUGUUGUGCUGCCAAAAACACUCCAGCCUAUAUGAAAGCUGAAGAUCCCAUAUAUGUUCUGGAGAACAGUGUACCAAUAGAUUUUAAUUACUAUUUGGAAAAUCAACUGUCAAAGCCAUUGCUCCGAAUUUUUGAGCCCAUUCUCGGAGAAAAGGCUGAAUCUUUGCUUCUCAAAGGCGAACAUACAAGAACUAAAGCUAUGGUCACUUCUAAAGUUGGUGCUUUGGCAGCCUUUACCAAGAAAAGAGAGAAAUGCAUAGGAUGUAAAACGGUUAUGCCUAAUGAUUCGAAAUCUGCCUUGUGCAAUCAUUGUACGCCCAAGGAAGGGCAACUUUAUAUUACUGAGAUAUUCAAACUCAGACAACUUCAAGAUAAGUUUUCAAGUCUUUGGACAGAGUGUCAAAGAUGUCAGGGCAGUCUUCAUGAAGAGGUAUUAUGUACAAACAGAGACUGCACUAUUUUCUACAUGAGGAAGAAAGUGGGAAUGGAGCUAGAUGCUCAAGAAAAAAAUGUAUCAAGAUUUGGAGUGCCCAGUUGGUGAUUUCAGAAGAUGCUUUUUUUUCAUAAUUAUUUCCUAUAAGUGCUGAAUGUGUAAGAUUACGAUUAAAACCAUUUUUGUUAUA